CAGCGUCCGGGCCGGCGGCGGGCGCCGGGCGGCUUCCUGCAGGCGGCGCCGGGGCGAGCCGUUGCCGGCUGCAGCCACUGCCGCCAGGUCGCCGGGUCGUGGGGGCCGCGGCGCUCGGGCCGCGUCCGUGCCUCCCGGGCGCGCUGCGCGGCCGUCGCUGCUGCCCGCGCUCGUGCCGCCGCCGCCGCCGCCGCCGCCGCCGCCGCUGCCGGUUACGCCAGCCCCGCCGCCGCCCGCUCUGAUUCUGCGCAUAGGCAGCCCCCAAGCCUGUCAUUCUGCAAAAACACAGUUUACUCAACACACCACACACACUCGCACACACACGCGCGCACACACACGCGCACACCGGCCCCCGCGCGCACACGCACGGAGGGCGCGAGCGAGCAGACGCGCACACCGGCGAGCCAAGUUCCGCAGCCUGGCAUGGCUUCUGGGGACCUUUACGAGGUUGAAAGGAUUGUAGACAAGAGGAAGAACAAGAAAGGAAAAUGGGAGUAUCUUAUCCGAUGGAAAGGCUAUGGGAGCACGGAGGACACGUGGGAGCCGGAGCACCACCUCUUGCACUGUGAGGAGUUUAUUGAUGAAUUCAAUGGGCUGCACAUGUCCAAGGACAAGAGGAUCAAGUCAGGGAAGCAGUCCAGUACCUCCAAGCUGCUGCGUGACGGUCGAGGCCCGUCGGUUGAGAAACUCUCCCACAGAACUUCGGAUCCUGGAAGGAGCAAGGGGACCUCCCAUAAACGGAAGCGAAUUAACCCUCCCCUGGCCAAGCCAAAAAAAGCGUAUUCAGGCAAGCCCCCUGCAGGAGGCGACAGGGCCGCCAAGACGGUGUCUUACAGGACUACCCCCAGUGGUUUGCAAAUUAUGCCCCUGAAAAAGUCUCAGAACGGGAUGGAAAAUGGGGACGCCGGCUCUGAGAAGGAUGACAGGCACUUUGGAAACGGGUCCCAUCAGCCUGGCUUGGAUUUGAAUGAUCACGUUGGAGAGCAGGAUGUGGGCGAAUGUGACGUGAACCACGCCACGCUGGCAGAGAACGGGCUCGGCUCUGCUCUGACCAACGGGGGAUUGAACCUGCACAGUCCGGUGAAGAGGAAGCUGGAAGCAGAGAAGGACUACGUCUUUGACAAGAGGCUCAGGUACAGUGUCCGCCAGAAUGAAAGCAACUGUCGGUUUCGAGACAUCGUCGUGCGGAAGGAAGAAGGGUUCACACACAUCCUGCUAUCCAGUCAGACCUCGGAUAACAAUGCCCUGACACCUGAGAUCAUGAAAGAAGUCCGGCGAGCGCUCUGCAACGCAGCCACAGAUGACAGCAAACUGCUGCUCCUCAGCGCAGUAGGCAGCGUGUUCUGCAGCGGCCUGGAUUAUUCCUACCUAAUUGGCCGGUUGUCCAGCGACCGGCGAAAGGAGAGCACUCGGAUUGCAGAAGCCAUCAGGGACUUUGUGAAGGCCUUUAUCCAGUUUAAGAAGCCUAUCGUGGUGGCCAUCAAUGGGCCGGCCCUGGGCCUGGGUGCCUCCAUCCUACCCCUCUGUGACAUCGUGUGGGCCAGUGAGAAGGCCUGGUUCCAGACGCCCUACGCCACCAUCCGCCUCACGCCUGCUGGCUGCUCCUCCUACACCUUCCCCCAGAUCCUGGGCGUCGCACUGGCCAAUGAGAUGCUGUUCUGUGGGCGGAAGCUCACUGCCCAGGAGGCCUGCAGCAGGGGGCUGGUGUCGCAGGUCUUCUGGCCCACCACAUUCAGCCAGGAGGUCAUGCUGCGGGUCAAGGAGAUGGCAUCCUGCAGUGCUGUGGUGUUAGAGGAGUCCAAAUGCCUUGUGCGGAGCUUCCUGAAAUCCGUGCUGGAAGACGUGAAUGAGAAGGAAUGCCUCAUGCUCAAGCAGCUCUGGAGCUCCUCCAAAGGCCUUGACUCCCUUUUCAGCUACCUGCAGGACAAAAUUUAUGAAGUCUGAGGGGCCCCAGCUCACGGGCCCCCAACUUCCAGCUCUGCCCUGUGUUUCGGAAACCAGAGCACAGUGUCUGCCCCGGCCAAGGAGUUUGUCAAGGUGUCUGUUUAUGCGUAGGGUUGUGUCCAUUUUCUCGUGUCCUUUGGUUGCUCCUCCUUGGUUUGAUUUUGUGUAAUGGAUGGAAAACGCAGCAUACUUGGCCUCUCCCACCUCCCUGCCCUACCUGGCCAGAGAGCUCUCCGGGGCUAUAUCUUCCCAGGGCUCCGCCAAGCGCCACUGUCCUUUCCCCACUUGCUGAAAUGCACCAUCGCGGUCCAGGAAGGGGAAGACCACUUUCCCAUUCUUCUGACUCAGGCUGUGUCUACACAGUGCCUCUGACUUGGAGACUUGGCCAUCAUGGCUCUCUCUUGUUGUGUUUAGAUCGGAUGUCAGAGGACGACCAAUCUUAGGGAAUUUCUAGACCAAUGAGCAAAAUGAUUGUGCACACCUGGCUUCAGUCUCCUCUCCAGCGCAAAUCUGUGUGACUAUUAGGGCUUGGUCUUAAAACCCAAUUGAGUGAUUUAGAAACCCAGAUAUUGUACAUUUAGAAAUGUUUUGUUAAAUAUAUAUUUUUAAAACAAUGUAAGUGGAAAUUCUGAUAAUUUAUGUGUAUUAUAUGUAAAGCUAGUUUUGCAAAAACAAACUACUAGGGAAAUGUUUUUUCUUUCCUUGGACUUAUUUUAUUUAUUUAUUUUUGUUUAUAUAUUGUGAUGUCUGUUGUUCACACAGAUACUAUUUUCAUACUGCCCUGGACCAAAUCCCACACAAGGUUCAUGCCGUUUGGUGCAUUCUAGCAAUGAACCAUGUAGAAAUAAAGUUUAGAGAGAUGGAAACAGAAGGAUUUCUGUGGACAAAAGGAAUAGCGCUGCACCUCUGUGUAAAACAGUUCUCAGCUAUAAUAACAGAAUACUAGUUCCUUAGGUUUGUCCUUAGGGGACAUCUUGGGAGAGUUUUUUCUUCCCUCUGCCAUCUUUAAGGAGAUAAAGGGCCUUUUCAGCCUGAAUGAUCCUGAAACAGACCCAGUCCCAAAUUGUGUCAUGUCGGGCGGGGGUGGGGAUAGUCCCUACCUGGGAAUAGCAUAUUGUCUAGAGUAAGACUUUUUUCUUUGGGGCAAAUGACUGAACUUGGAUUCUGCAGUCUAUUGCUUCCAUGUGAUCAGUGAUUUCUGGUAUUGGCCUCCCAGGGUUUGGGGAAGAGUUCCCACUCUGCUGAGCUGUCUGGAGGUCUGAAUCUUUUCCCCCCAGAAGCUGAAAUGACUCAUGUUUUUUUUCUAGUUUUUUUAUGUACAUAGGGAGCAAUGACCAGGGAUGAGAUCUCCUUGCCCCCGUGUCCCUGGGCUGCAAGGGGACUCCAGCAGCUCUGUUAGACCAUCAGACGCAAGUCCCUGGAUUAACUACAGAGAAGGAGUGGUUGGGGGUUGUGGUUUUGAGUGGUGAGGAGAAAGGUACAAACCUGAAGUUGAGAGCAGACAAGUGGAAGGGGUGUGUUCUGCGUGAGGUUUAAACCAUGGGUCAAGCACCCAGAGAAAGCUAGAUUCUCAGAUUCUCAGGAUGGAGGGAUUUUUCCGUUUCCAUCACAGCCCUUGAGUAUUCCUGGAGGCCCUUGGCCCUCCCAUUCUUCCCCUUUCCUGUUGGGCACCAGCCUUUCUUGGCCCUUCUUUGAAGAGAGUGGAAUAAGGCAGCAAGAGGUGGGCACAGCUGGUAGAGGUGAGGCAGGAUCAGAAGAGAGAGUCCUGGUGACAGUUCUCUAACUCUAUAUGGUCCUUUGUCUUCUCCAGGCAAUCAGGUGCACUGGGCAGGGCAGGUGGAAUGUAUUUGUGGCCCUGAGCUUUGGGUGUCAAAGAACACGUUGAUUGUCUACACCAGAUCUAGAGACAUGGUCCUUUAAGCAGUGACCCUCAAGUUAAUCUGGACUACUGGUCCUUCUGAUGACCUUGGUUCCCUCCCUGGAAAGCCUGUCUCCUUUAAGAGUUCAUGAGGGUCAGGAAGGAUGGGAAACCUCUCCUUCAGCCAGAGGAGGAUGGAAUUGAAGUCCCGUGUACCCUCCUGUUUGUCCAUGUAGGAUACUGUAAGGACCGCAGACCUGUCCUACAGGGAGUUACUAUAGGGAGACACCUGCUUUUGCCCAAAUGCCUGUUGUCACAGCUCUACCUGGAUCUUAUCUCCUUUGAGAAAGCAAAUGUGAGCUUUCCAAAACCCUUAGAUGACCCUGGUUCUUAUAUAUUGUGGCAGACAGUGUCUUCACUGCUACUAAAUUCUCAUUAGAAAGAGCCCCCUCUUUUCUUUUGAGCUUCUGAUUGGGCGCAGUUAUAUUCAGCAUCGGUUGAAGUGGGGUCAAGAUUCUCGUUGGACAUGGAAGGGGAUGUUUAGAAAUUCCUUCAGAUCAGUGUCCACCUUCGUUCCCUGCUUGAAAGAACUAGAAAUGCUUCAGCUUUGGAUGUACUAUCAAAUUCAAGCUUCUAAACAUUUCAAGGAUCUCUGAAGAUUAAGGUAGGAAUGUGAAACCAUUUCUAAGGUGGAAUUCUUGCUGUUAAUUCACAGUUCCUGGGUGUAACGGGGGUGGUGAAAGUCUGUAUUUUGGUUGUUUGCAUACAGUCAGUUCCACCAUUGGGUGGAAGCAGGUGAAAUCUGUUUGCUGCAGGUGGACUGAAUUUUUCACUUUCUGGGUAGUCGUUUUGAUAUUGUGUAGGUGAAUUCCAGGUAACUUACAGCAAAUCGAUCUGGGAUGGAAAACACCAGACCUCUGGUUGUGUCAGGGUUUAUCCUAAUAGCUUUCCUGAGAUACUGCUCAGACUUUGAUUUUUGAUCUUCCACCCCAGGGCCCCCUCUCUGUCCAUGGGAUCCUUUCUCCCCUCUCCCCACCAUUUUCCCCUACCUUCCCCCAUAAGUCACUCCCAAGAGCCUGGGCAGGUCUUUGAGGAAUUGCAGCUCAUUUUGGCAGCCGCGUCCUGCAAUUACCUUUGGGUUUGAAAGAAUAGCUGUGGGUGGGCAAUUGAGGACACCUCUUUAGUCAGAGACCUUUCUAGCAGUCCACUCCCUCCGGUCCUGUUAGCCAUGCAGUAGAACUCUCCUUCCCUCUCUGCCCCAACCCCAAUGAUGGCUCAUUCUCAGCAUCUUCUGGGACCAUCUGGGUUAACAACCCUGUUCCAAGAGGACUUUGUGCAGAACUUUUGUUAGGGUGGUCAGACCUCCUCACCAUUUGGAAGACACAGCCUAAUGCUGAUGUACUUAACGUGCCCCUUCCAGCAUAGAAAUAAUGUCUGGGUAACAGCCAUCAAAAUCGUAAGAAUGACAUUGGAUAGCUAUGAGAAAGUAGCAGAGAAUUGAUUUAAAAUGUCAUUCUUGUUUGGUAUAGAUUAAACUAGGAAAUGUUCUCUCUGAAGCAUGAAAAUGUUUUUCCCAUGUGAAGUUUAGUAUAAAGAUGGAAAAAUAAUAAUCACAAUAGACUUUGAACAAUGCAACUGUAUCUCUACAUAUCCACAUUUCAAAAUAGCCUUCACUGAAUGCUGAAUUGCAUUUCCCAUUAAUUGUUGGUUUUAAAAAUUUUGUAAUUUUUUUUUUAUUUGGAAUUUAGCCACAUCCAUGAAAUUUUCCAAUCUGGUUUCUGUGGAAAUUUUUUAACAGAGAGAAACAAAUAGAAACAUCUUCAAAUCUUCCUAAGUGAAUAUUUAAAAUGCAGAAUUGCUUAUCUUCUGUUUUUCUGUAUUCAGACACUUAGAUCUGUUGUAUAUAUUAGUCUAGACACUCUCACUAAUAUACACAGUAUUUAAGACUCUAAAUGAGAUUUCUUAAGUAUUUUAUUUUAUUCUCUGUAAAUGGUUUUGUAUAAUCUUUAAAAAUCUACACUUUGCCUUUGUAGAUAUUUAAGGGAAACCAUUUGGGGUUGUCUUGCAUGUAUAUUUUUGUUGUAGGUAAGUGUUGCUUAGUUAUUUCUGCAAAUUUUGGUUGAAAUGCUUACAGACUUUAAUACAGUAUAUAUUUUCAAAAUAUAAACUUUUAUAUUUCUGUGAUAAGUUAGGAUAUGCGUUUUAGGCAAUAUUUUUCAUUAAUAUCACUUGUUCUUUCGAAAAAUAGCAUACUGGUUUGGUGCCAAUUUUUUUCAUUAGAAUAUAAUGCUCUUAUAUUGUUGGAGAGCAGGUUAAUCUUUUUUCGAAGUAAUUGCGUUUGAAGUAUAAUUUCAAAAUGUAUUGAAUUUGUGAAUAAGCCUUACCAUUAGGAUCAGUAAAUUUUUCAACAUUGCAACUACAUAAGUAGUUUAAGAUCUCCCCGUAAAUUCUCGCUGUGUGGCAGUUGAUGGAGUUUGUGAACAGAGCCUUAAGCUUGUUGCAAAAAAAUUUUAAAAGGGUAAUACGGGUUGUUUCCUCCAUGCAAUGUAAGCCAUGCUGAUGGACUGAAUGCAGUCUGUAAUUCAUGGCUAAUCCGAAGAGUUUGAUUGAGUUGAUGGUGGCAGGGACCAGAGAGACACCUUGGUGAUUGUCUUUGGCCAUAAGAAUAGACCAAGGAGAGGUUUUCCAGAGCUACCUUCAUACUGUAAACAUGGUUUAGACACGGUCAUAGGGAAGGCUGCUGGUCCAUCAUUUGUUCUGAACAAAUGGCAUUUCCUGCUCCUGACCCUGGCAGUUGGCCCCAGAUUCCUUGUUGAUGACUUGGAAACAUCCAUUCUGGGUAAGGUGAGCACUCCCUGAGAGAUGUUAACAAAGUUUACCUGUGAGUCUUACUGUGUAGACAAUCUGAAGUCAAUUUUAGUUACACAAUCAGCAUUCCCAUGUGUCCUCAGUGUCUUAUCAAUGAACUAUGUGUAUCAAGCCAUACUAAACUGGAGUUUAGCAGGACAAAGGCAAACUAGAUGUAGAACAUAACAUAUCAACUGAAUAUGUCGAUCCAGGUCUGUUUUUCUAGAACAUAAAUCAUGGAGCUCCUUGACAGUGUAUGCACUGUUUUUGGAGUUUAAUAAAACCAACUAGAAUUUAGACUUAAAUUAUUAUUCCUUUUGGUUGUCCACAUAAAGUAGUCCAGGGCCAUCAUAUGGCUAAAAUCAAGUUAUUUGGUUCAUCUCUGGUACUUAUUUAUAAAGUCAACUUAUCAGCCAUUAAGAUGGAGAUUUGCUUUAAAUUUUUGCAGUGUGUGUGGCAGUCAGAAAAACCCAUAUCUAGUUUUCAACUUCACCUCUGGCAUUUUUAUGGCUUAACCUUAUCUCAUUGAUGCAACAUCUAGCCUAAUGCUGGAGCUCUUAUAUCUAGCCUGAUGCUGGAGCUCUUGAAGCUGACUCUUAGAAGUUUGGAGAGUGUAGAGUUUCCCAUCUAGUAUUUAAUUUGUCCCUGUGCCAUUAGUCCCAGCUUGAAGUCAUUUGCCAGUGUUGAUGUUGACAGGAUUGUGACAAUAUUGCCUUUCAUAAAACCGAGGACCAAAGAAUUCCAUUAUUCUAACAAAGCCUGAGUUUCAUGGAUUGUGGGCACAUCUAGACAGAUAUGUGCAUGCUUGAUGGUGCAGAGAAACUGCUGACUUCCACCAACCUCAUGCUCCCCCUGGCUGGCCAUACAGGGGGAUUCGUUGUCAUAUUGAAAAGGCUCUGAAAGAUGAGUUUCUAAUUGAAGCUCACUAUCUCAGGUUGGUGUUUCUGCUGUGUAGUCCCAAGCCUGUAUCCAUAUCAUAAAAGUGGAGGCCUGGUACUCCUCCAGGUUAUCUGGCCAGUGUAGACUCCUCCAUCUGAAUAUGAACCUCCAAGGUAAGAAUUUUUCAGACAUGUCUAUACUGAACAGUGGAAUCCUGCACUUGCCAAAUGUCUGCCUCCUUUUGUUCUUCAUUGACCCAUUCUAAUUCCUGUUAGGUGUGAGAAGAAUUGUCUUCAGUUCUCCCUCCAUUCUCAUUCAUGAAGAAAUCAUUGAUUCAUUGACCAGUUGAGAAAUGAUUGAUGCUGAAGAAGUGGUAUUCUAUUGGUAAGGCUUAUUACCAAACUUCUGAUAAUGAAGCAGGCUACCAAAAACUUAUCCAGCCCACCCUAGGAGUGUUUGGAUUUGAUCAUGGAUGUAACAUACACCAAAAUCCACCGAGACCUUUGCAAAAUUAGGCUACUUGUUUUAUUUUGCCAGAUUAUCAUGGGAGAGUCUUUAACUAGUUCUGAAUAUUUGUAAGUCUGAGUACUUCAUAGAAUUAUAAAGCAGGUACAGCUGACCCCUUCUCACCAUGUUGUAAAUAUUUACUGAGACUGGGUGCAGUACUGAGGGAUAAUAAUCUUCUGAUUUAUCAAAUCCUGACUGUCUAGAGCAAAUUGUACACUCUCUUUGUGAAUGGUCCUGUAACGUGUAUGAACACAUUUCUGGGUGCCUUAGAAGUUGUAUUUUUCAUGUGUGCUAAUAUGCAGUAUUUAUACAUUGUGAGAAGCUGCUUUGAAUAAAAAGGUUGAAACUU